AUGAACUUAACAAUCGUUUUCCAUUAUGUAACAGGAUUGUUGUUAGCAUACGCUUAUGAUGAUUUAUCCUAUAAUAAAUCCACUACCCAGUCACAUACCUAUUUAGGCACUAACUAUGUGGCUGAUAACGCAGUUGAUAGAAACAGUACAACGUGCAUGAGGACACUAUACAUAGGUCGCAACUCUCCAGACAAGACUUUAUGGUGGAAAGUAGAUCUUGGUGGAGUGUACAACAUAUACGGCGUUAACGUGUUAUUUAAGAGCUACGAAGGAUGGAAUCAUCGACAACGAGGACGUUUUGCUGGAUUCUUUUUGUAUGUAUCAACCACUGGUGAUAUACAGGGUUCCACUCUGUGUUACAAGGACGGACCUCUGUUACCACCCCUUAACUUUACAACCGCGUGUUCAGAGUACGGACGCUACGUCAUCUUUUACAAUGAACGAUUGAAUGAUUUAGCUUAUCCAGAUGGUUACGAGCUUACAAAUGUCUUCACCGAACUUUGUGAAGUUAUUGUACAAAGAUGUUAUGGACCUGGUAUGUAUGGCAGUAAUUGUGACAUCCUUUGUCCUAUUAACUGUAAAUACAACACGUGCCAAAUUCAGCUCGGAUCCUGUUUUGGUUGUAACGCUGGAUGGGCGAGGACAACCUGUGACACAAGGAUGAACCUAGAAAGCUGGUACGGUGAUAAUUGUCAUCACCAGUGUAUUGGACAUUGCAGAUAUAACUCUACUUGUAAUCACGUGACUGGUCAGUGUGAACGAGGAUGCGCAGCUGGAUGGACAGGAACAUUAUGUGAUAGAGUAUGUGAUGACGGUACCUAUGGACAUGACUGCAAAAACAACUGUAGUGGUCACUGUAUGAAUGGUUCCCAGUGUAACAAACAUACUGGAUACUGUGAUGAAGGAUGUAAUCCAGGAUAUAUCGACAGCGACUGUAACAGAGAGUGCGAACUUGGAUAUUACGGUAAAAACUGUUCCCUCGCCUGUUCACCAAAUUGCAAAACGUGUCGGCACACAGAUGGUAUGUGUUCCUGUAAGGCGGGUUGGAGGGGUCAUAAUUGUACAACAGAAUGUUUCCGGUCCUAUGGAGAAAAUUGUCAAUAUCCAUGCAAUGAACACUGCAUUGACCAUAAGUGUGACAGGUUCAACGGAAAAUGUCUGUGUGAUGGUAAACAUGAUAGUUUACCGAGUUUUCGUAAGAAGGAUGCAACAGAGUGUAUAUUUUGGAUCGUUGCGUUUUCAUUGUCACUUGCCACUAGAAUCAUAUUUAUAUCGACCACAUUCAUUUUACAAAGGUAAAUAUAUCACACUGUAAUAAAAUGUACAUUUCCUAUUAUUUUUUCUGCAACCUAUAUCAAUGGUAUUUGAAAUAUGUUACAACCUUCAA